GCCCCAUCCCAUGGCCCUGUGGGGUCGCCCGUCCCUCCCACUCUGGUGGUCACUGUUUGGGACUCUCACUGGAUGUAAGGCUCUCGGGAGGGGCAGCCCAGGGCCGUCCCUGGUCACCGCUGUCACUGGCACCGCCCCGCACAGCGCCGGGAACAGAGCAGGCGUUUGGGGAACGGUGGAAUAAAUGAAUGAUGGGGAAACCGAGGGCAAGUCAAUGGCCGAUUUGGGAUUCAACUCCAAGUUUCUCUGUACUGAGAGGGGGCACCUAGUUUGAUUUCCCGACAUCCUUCUCCACUGAGCCCUGCCCGGAGCCCGGGAAUACAAGAGGCGAUCAACAGGGCACCCCAGGCCCUGGAACCCGCAGACCCACGCCACUUUCCUGGCCAAUCCUCCAAGGUCCUCCAGGACCAUAGAGAGCUGCGCAGGUCUGCCCCUCUCUAUGCUCUCCCGUGGGGAGCAGUGAGACGGACCGAGGGCCAGAGAGGCCGGAAGUGCGGCAAACUGGGGCCGCGCUGGUCGCGCUGGCGGUGGGUCGCCUCGUUCCCCCGCCGUCUUCCCCUUUGGGCUCUGGGGCGAGCAGGCUCCUGAUGGAACCAGGGAAGGACGAGGAGGGGGUGCCGCAGCCUGCAGGGCCACCCAAAAGGAAAAAAUUUGUAAUCCCGCUGGAUGAAGAUGAGGUCCCUCCUGCAGGGGCCAAACCCUUGUUCAGAUCCACACGGAACCUUCCUGCUGUGGAGACCUCUGCCCAGGAAGCCCCUCAGACCUAUGCUGAGUAUGCCAUCUCACGGCCCCCAGGAGGGGCUGGAGCCCCGGGCCCCACUGGGUCAGAACCCCUGGCUGGAGAGACCCCCAAUCAGGCCCUGAAACCAGGAACAAAGUCCAACAGCAUCAUUGUGAGCCCCCGGCAGAGGGGCAACCCCGUGCUGAAGUUCGUGCGCAAUGUGCCCUGGGAAUUUGGUGAAGUCGUCCCCGACUACGUGCUGGGCCAGAGCACCUGUGCCCUCUUCCUCAGCCUCCGCUACCACAACCUCCACCCAGACUACAUCCAUGAGCGACUGCAGAGCCUGGGGAAGACCUUCGCCUUGCGCAUCCUGCUGGUCCAGGUGGACGUGAAAGAUCCCCAGCAGGCCCUCAAGGAACUGGCCAAGAUGUGCAUCUUGGCCGACUGCACUCUGAUCCUAGCCUGGAGCCCCGAGGAGGCCGGGCGCUACCUGGAGACCUACAAAGCCUACGAGCAGAAGCCUGCGGACCUUCUGAUGGAGAAGCUGGAACAGAACUUUGUGUCUCGGGUCACUGAAUGUCUGACCACCGUGAAGUCAGUCAACAAGACGGACAGUCAGACCCUCUUGGCCACUUUUGGAUCCCUGGAACAGCUCAUGUCUGCAUCACGGGAAGACCUGGCCUUGUGUCCAGGCCUGGGCCCCCAGAAGGCCCGCAGGCUGUUUGAUGUCCUACAUGAGCCCUUCCUCAAAGUGCCCUGAUGAACAGCUGCCACCUCCAGCGUGACAAUAAAGCAUUCUCUGGGGCCAG